AGAAAAAUCUUCAAGCCGACAACCCGAUUUCCAUAACCGGAUAGACCGGAUUGUGGGUAAGGAGUUUAUGCGGGUUGACCCGAUUUCACAAGCGUAUCUGUCUUGUUUAAUUUCGUUACUCGUCGUCGUCCCUUAACUCGAGAAAAAUUAGGGUUACGGAUUCCGAUUAGCAAGCAUGGAAGAGAUCACCGAUGGAGUGAACAACAUGAACUUAGCCACCGAUUCGCAGAAGAAAAACCGGAUUCAGGUUUCCAACACUAAGAAACCAUUGUUCUUCUAUGUCAAUCUCGCCAAGAGGUAUAUGCAGCAGUACAAUGAUGUUGAAUUGUCUGCCCUUGGCAUGGCCAUUGCAACUGUUGUUACUGUUACUGAAAUACUGAAGAACAAUGGUUUUGCUGUUGAGAAGAAGAUCAUGACUUCAACUGUUGAUAUUAAGGAUGAUGCAAGAGGACGUCCUGUGCAGAAAGCUAAGAUUGAGAUUACGCUUGUGAAGUCAGAGAAGUUUGAUGAACUAAUGGCUGCAGCCAAUGAAGAAAAAGAAGAUGCAGAAGCUCAGGUGCAGAACUGAAAAUAGCUUUUAACUAUUUUGGGUUUCUUGAUGCUUAUUCUAUAAAGGGCUUUAUUUGUUUAAUUUCAUUAAUUUUUGGCUUGUUAUCACAAUGGAUGGUUUGUUGUAUCUGUUAACUUUUGAUAGGAAGAAUGAUAGCUAAACAAUAAAACAUCUCGGCCAUAAAUUUUCUUAGCAUCAUUCUACCACAAUUUCUCAAAAUUUGGACUAGAAAACGAUGAUAAAAUCUACAGUGAUAUGAAAAUAUAUGUCUUAAGCCUAAUGAGCA